AUGGCUUGCACAAAUAGCUAUGCCCUCGCCGCCGUCGAGGACCAGGGCGACUCCGAGGCUAUAACCUCGGGUUCGCAACCACAGAGACCGACAGCGGGCAGGAGAAGACGGCAUUCAGCAUUCUUGCCACCGAGGAGGAAGUCCAUCGUCAACCACAUCAUGGACGGUGAAGAACACCUCCUCUUCAAGGUUGACCUCUUCCUUUCCGAGCUCGAACGACGGCUUGACUACUUGGAGAGCUAUGGAGAGAUCAAGCUAGAUGCCAGCAUCGCUCGGGCAUAUCACACUUUGCAAGCGGUGCGGACAAGAUGCUCUCAAGUGUCCGAGGAGGUUAUCGGCGCCGGCCGACGGCGGGUUCAGGUCAUGGUGGAGACCCUGGAAACUCGGUACCAGGAAGCGCUGGAAGCGGCGGAGAAUGUCAACGAGAAGGCUCGUGUUGGCAUCGAGCUGUUGGAUGGGAUGCUGUCGGAUUUUGAAACCCAUGCUUAUAAGCUCCGAGAGCGGGGUUUGGCAAAUGCGGCGGACGCUGCCGGCCAUCUCAUGGAUGAAGGUCGUAGGGUGAUGGAUGAAGGAUUCGAGCGUGCAAGAGAAGUUGUCGACGAAGGGUUCGAAAGAGCCAAGUGGGCAGCCGAGACGCUCGAAGACCACAUCCAGCGGGCCGUUCACAGGGCAAGGCAACACGGCCUCAUCAAAUACGAAGACCUCCCCGUACCGUGGAGGAUCAACCCGCACAUCGUUGGCGGAUAUCGUUUCUCAGAAACGAAGCUCGGCUGUGUACGCUCGGUUUUCGGCGUUUCCAACGAGCUGGUCAACAUUUGGUCGCACAUGCUGGGAUUCCUCGUGGUUCUCUCCCUAGCCUUCUACUUCUACCCCACGAGCGUCACGUUCCACCUGAGCACAAAGACCGACGUCUUCAUCGCCGCCGUCUUCUUCUUUGCGGCAUGCCAGUGCCUCGUCUGCAGCACGAUCUGGCACACGAUGAACUCAAUCGCUGAUGCCAGCCUGAUCUCGUCACUAGCCUGUGUCGACUACACCGGCAUUUCACUCCUGGUCGCCGCCUCGAUCAUGACCACAGAGUACACAGCUUUCUACUGUGAGCCAUUCAGCCGGUGGUUCUACCUCGUCACUACCGCAGUUCUCGGCGUCAUCGGCGUCAUACUGCCUUGGCACCCACGGUUUAAUGGACAGGACAUGGCCUGGGCGCGCGUCGCCUUCUUCGUGGGGCUGGGCGCUACCGGCUUUGUGCCCAUGGCCCAGAUCUCAUUGACCCGCGGUCCCCAAUUUGUGUGGGAGUUCUACUCGCCGAUCGCCAAGUCGCUGUGUGUCUACCUCUGCGGCGCAUUCGUCUACGCGAGCAAGGUUCCCGAGCGCUGGUUCCCCGGCAUGUUUGACUACUUUGGGGGCAGCCACAACCUGUGGCACAUCGCCGUGCUCGGCGGCAUCCUGUUCCACUACACUGCGAUGCAGGACUUCUUCUCGACUGCCUUCAGGCAAGCGAGGGACGGUUGCCCUGCGUACUAG